AUGCCUCAGUAUUCAGUGAAACAAGUGUAUGAGAAACUUGUAGGGGAUAAGCCAAGGGUGCAUUGGGAUAAAAUGGUGUGGAAUAGGAUGAAUGUUCCAAAACAUAGAUUCAUUUGCUGGUUGGCUGUUCAAUCCAAGCUUCAGACUACAGAAAAACUAGCAAAGAUAGGCAUUAGUCAAUCUGCUAGUUGUUUGAUUUGUGGCCUGGAUGAUGAGACUCAUCAGCAUUUAUUCUUUCAGUGCCAGUAUAGUAGGAAAGCUGGACAAAGUAGAGCUUCAAGGUUCAGGAAGCAGGUUUAUUUUGCAGCUGUUGGUGCUGCUGUCUAUCUGAUCUGGAAAUGUAGAAACACUAGCUUUUGGGAUAGUACCAUUCCCACUGUCAGUCAGAGUAUGAAGGAUUUGAAGCAAAUGGUCAAGAGCAAAAUUCAGGGUGCAAAGAUUUUACUUGCAAUGUUGAGUAUGUUAAUUUGGUGGGGUGAACUUCAUGUUCAAGCACAAAGUUCAUCUAGUAGCGUGAUUGAUUUCGGAGCUGUUGGAGAUGGAAUUACCGAUGAUUCUAAUACUUUUGCAAAAGCGUGGCAAUCGAUAUGCGGAGGAUCAGGGCAAAGUGAACUCAUAAUUCCAAAUGGGAAGACAUUUUUGCUAAAGCCAAUAACAUUUCAAGGUCCUUGCAAGUCCACAAACAUCUCCGUUAAGAUAUUGGGACAAAUUGUGGCACCUAACAACAUUGCAGCAUUUAGUGGUUACUCUCGAGAUAAUUGGCUACAGUUCUUAAGCGUCGACGGACUUACCGUUGAUGGUGCUGGUACUGGGAAUAUUGACGGUAACGGCGAUGUUUGGUGGAAAACUUGUUUACCAAUGGUAACAUUCAAGCAUUGCAAUAACCUGAAACUCCUCAACUUAAAUUUAACAAACAGUCCUAGAAAUUUUAUUAUGCUUAGAGCAAGUGAUGUUGUUGAAGUAUCCCACCUCCAAAUUCAUGCCCCGGCUGAUAGCCCUAACACUGAUGGUAUCGACAUUCAUGGUUCAACUAGGGUUUUCAUCCAUGAUUCUGCCAUCGGCACUGGUGAUGAUUGUAUCGCUAUAAGUGACCGUGCUCACCAUGUAAACAUAUCACAAUUUUCAUGCGGUCCUGGACAUGGUAUAAGCAUUGGAAGCUUGGGAGAUGAUACCGUAGAGGAAGUGCGCGUAUGGAACUCAAAUAUCAUAGGGGCAAUGACUGGGAUAAGAAUUAAAACAUGGCAGGGUGCAAAGAUUUUACUUGCAAUGUUGAGUAUGUUAAUAUGGUGGGGUGAAGUUCAUGUUCAAGCACAAAGGUCGUCUAGCGUGAUAGAUUUCGGAGCCGUUGGAGAUGGAACUACCGAUGAUUCUAAGGCUUUUGCAAAAGCGUGGCAAUCGAUUUGCGGAGGAUUAGGGCAAAGUGAACUCAUAAUUCCAAAUGGGAAGACAUUUUUGCUAAAGCCAGUAAAAUUUCAAGGUCCUUGCAAGUCCACUAGUAUUUCCGUUAAGAUAUUGGGACAAAUUGUUGCACCUAACAACAUUGCAGCAUUUAGAGGUUACCCUCGAGAUAAUUGGCUACAGUUCUUAGACGUCGCCGGACUCACCGUUGACGGUGCCGGUACGGGGAAAAUUGAUGGAAACGGUGCCGUUUGGUGGAAAACUUGCUUACCCGGUACCGUUAGAUGUACACAAAGACCUACUACGGUAACAUUCAAUCGUUGCAACAACAUGAAACUCCUCAACUUAGAUUUUAUCAACAGUCCUGGAAAUUUUAUUUCACUAGUAGCCAGUGACGGUGUUGAAGUAUCCCACCUUCAAAUUCAUGCCCCGGUUCAUAGCCCUAACACUGAUGGUAUCGACAUUGUUGGUUCAACUAGGGUUUACAUUCAUGAUUCUGCCGUUGGCACAGGUGAUGAUUGUAUCGCAAUAAAUAAUCAUGCUCACCAUAUAAACAUAUCUCAUUUUUCAUGUGGUCCUGGACAUGGUAUAAGCAUUGGAAGCUUGGGACAUGAUACUAUAGAAGAAGUACGUGUAUGGAACUCAAGUAUUACAGGGGCAUCAAGUGCGAUAAAAAUUAAAACAUGGCAGGGUGGGAGUGGAUUUGCUCGAAAUAUCUUCUACGAGAAUAUCACAAUUACUAAUACUCAAUACCCUAUAUUAAUCGACCAAUACUAUUGCCCGAACAGAUCAUGCACAUUAAAUGAGACCUCGGCAAUUCAGAUAAGUAACAUUCAUUAUACGAAUAUCGCCGGAACAUCGGCGACAGAAGCAGCAAUUACGUUUAACUGUAGUCGACAUUUUGGUUGCAAAAACAUACAAGUUGAUAAAAUUAACCUCAUUUCAGCAUUGCCCGGAAAAAAGGCGUACACUCAAUGCAUUAACGCUCAUGGAGAAAGUGAUUCUGUUAUUCCAAAGAUCGGUUGUUUUUAAUUAUAUAUCAACCAUUGAUUUGGCUUAAUUGUUUCAAGCCAUUGCUUUAAGUAUUUCAUCACUUGUUUAAUUUGUUACUCAAAUUUAGCGCCUUUUAUUUGUAAAAGUUUUAUAGGCGUGCACCAAUAAUAAAAGCAUUUUCUUAUCAUUUCUCUUUGACAUAGGCUAUUAGGCUUAUUAUACAAUCCAUCUUACUACGCAUUAGAGGUGAUCAAAAUUCGGUUGGGGCCGGGCUUUAACACAUGAACUCAUGCCCAAACCCAUAAAUUUUAAUGCGGACUUUUUCGGGUUGGGUUCGGGCUUUUGUCUAAAAAUACGUGUUUGAGGUUGUCCAAACUCGUACUUUUUCGGACCGGGAGUGGGUCGGGCAAACGGGCCGAGCUAUAGAUGAUCAGAUCUACUACACAUCUUACUCAAAAGGCUGAGUCAUUUCUUCCUCCUUGUGAAAAAUCCGCCCUCUGUUAUCGUAAAAGGCAGAGAAUUGUUAAGAUGCCCUCGACAAGAAUCAUAUACCACCAACUUUUUUUUUUUUUUUUGGUGAAUGAGCCACAAGGAUGGAGAUGAGAAUCGUUCCCAGGAUCACUUUAACCAACUGAGUUAUCCCCCACUCUCUUUACCACCUACUUUGGUUGGAUGUAAUUUUUUUUUAUGCAUGUUCGAUUUUAUCAAGUCAUUCUGAGGACAUAUAAAUUUAAGAUGGUGCAACUAUUUUAUAACGUAUGUUUU